UAUUUCAUGAGUCCAUUACUGAUGCAAUCAUACGAAACAAAUACAGGUAAACGAUUUAUUAGGACUUUUUUUCUUCGAUAUUGUCUAUUAGUUUAUUAUGUGUAUUGUUAUAUCUAUCAUACGUCAUCGUAGCAUCUGUAUAUGUUUGUGUUUUGUUUGUGUCUAUUUCUUACGAUAAAGCAGCUUAUAAACUUUGGCGGAUCUCUGUUCGACAAAGUAAUGAUCCUCUUCAAAUAGCAUAGAACAUGUGGAUGCAAACAUUUGCAUCCAGGAAAAUAAGGUAAAAGAAUUAUAAUAUAAGAAAAGAAAACCGCCUGAAUUUUCCUUCUGAAAUCUCACUCGUCCUCUCAUCUUUUCAAAUGCACUCUUCAGCAUUUAAAGAGUGCAUCACGCAGAGCAGCACUUAGCACGAGAAUUGCAGCCAAGAGAAAUCGAUCACAGAUUGUGAUCAGACUUCUUCAUGGCAACUUUACAAGUGAUACCUUUUCUCCUAGCCACGGUAGUUCCGAGUAGCGAAGCAAACAACAAAUCUGUAUCGACAUUCAAAGGAUAUAGAUAAAACACGACGAAAUAUUGAACAAACUAGAUACGCCAUAUGACAAUACCCUGUUUAUCAUUGUCGUGUGUGAGCCGUCCUUAUUAUUUGAUCUGUAUUGUUUUAUCGACAAAAUAAAGCAUACUUGUAAAACGGACUUUUCCAAUGACAACUUCGUUGUACCCUCUAUCAUCUACGAGCGAGUACAGUUCGUAAUAACAUUCAAUAUGUACAAAGUGCAAUGUUACAUCUAUAUGCAAGACGGCCCGAAUAAGUCGUUUUUGCGAGACAUCUGCGAGAUGGUCGGGGAUCAGCUGAAUAUUGAUACGGACAUAGUAAUACCGAACGGACAUUACUUCAAAGCGAUGGAGAAUUCCGCCAUCGACAGAUGUCUAACGUUCUAUCAACCUGGCUAUAAUGUGUCCGACUACUGUCUGGACCGUACAUUUCACAUAUCAGGCAACAAGAAUUUCAAGCUUAUUCCAAACCACACUUUGCACGUUAGCAAAUACAGAUACAUGGACAGAACGAAUCACACUCUCGAAUGUCGUUCACUACGAAUUCCUUCACUUCUAUGACAGAAAAGACUUUUGAAAUACGUAACAGCCUUAAAAAAGUUGCUGGAAAUAUUCAUGAGAGAAUUACACUCAAAUUAGCAUCGGUGGAAGUAAAAACAUUAUAAAGAAGAUAUUUUUUCCCUAUUACUUUUAUAUUGCUAUGGACUCAGGAUGAUAUUUAGUAAUUUGUCACAAAUAUAUUAAUUGUUAUGUAAAUAUAUUAAUUGUUAUUAUUGUAAAUUAAUAUAGAAUCUUAUCUAAUUUUACAAUCUCCCGGAAAUUGCGCAAUCUAUUGCAGAUUCACAAUGCAGAUGUAAACGAUAUAUUGGAAUACUUUCAAUGUUAAUGUCACCAUUAGUUUAUUAGAAAAUUGUUUCAUUGUGGACAGUUGUCAGAUGUUUAUCAUAUGCGAUAUAGCAUCUUUUGAUUUCUAGCAUUAUAUAUAUUUCUAGCAUUACAUCUUUUACGUUUGUGCGAUUUAAAGUUAUAUUCCUUACAUAUCAAGUAACUACUUUUGAAUAUAGUUUUACCUAAUGCAAUUGCGUGGCAAUCAGUUACUACAAUUUUGUAAAUGUUUAUGUGCUACUCAGUUACUAUGAAAUUAAAUACGGCAAAACAGCAAUGAAAAGUGUUUUUGAUCCAUAUUCGAUCGUUUCAUUAAAAUUGUCUUUAUUUUUAAAAUAUUGAAAUUAUUAAAGUAGGGUUUGCUCAAGCAGAACAGAAAAUUACGGUGGCGAGAAAAUAAGCGUAUUGUACUUGAAAAGCUUUUUAGUCAUUUCCCGUCAUUUCGGCAUU